AUGGGUUUUCUUUGUUUUGUUACAGGGAAAACCUACGAAAUCAAUUUAAAUCUUGAUUUUGUAGCACAACAAUCCAGCUAUGCUAUACCAAAUGAUAUACCCGAUCGUACAAUUGAUGGUUGUCAACGAAAUAAUUCAAAUUUAUGUACAUUUUAUUUUAAUGAUACAUGCUCAGAUGGCAAUCAUUGUUCAAUUAUAAUCCAACAAGAUUUUGCUAGUUUUGAUCAAUUUACGGAACAAGUAACUAGUGAAUUAAUUAAAAAAUAUAAUCUUCUCUAUCCACAAGCAAUCAAAUCAUAUAACAGUUUUCAUAAUUAUUUUGAAAAAGCAGUAAAAAUAAUUCAAGAAAAAUUUCAUGGUAAUGAUUUAUUACUUGAUAUUCAUCAACAUGGACAACGAAAGUAA